AUGUUAGAAAUAUUCAGUCAUCUAGUAACCACAGUCGACUACACAUCAACAACAAAAUGCCGAAAGACGACCCAGAGACCACAGCUCUGAAGAAGGAACUGACUGAUUUGAUAGCCAAAGUUAAGGCAGCGCAAGAGAAGGUAGCAGAUGCAAAACUCGCGGAGAAAUGCGGUGACAUGGGAGACGUGCCGAAGAUACGAUUCGUUACAAAGAAGACGCUUAAAGGCCACAUCAACAAGGUGAACUCCGUACACUACAGCGGAGAUUCGAGACACUGUGUUACCGGAUCGCUGGACGGGAAACUGAUCAUCUGGGACACGUGGAGCGGCAACAAAGUGCAGGUCAUACCUUUGCGCUCGGCCUGGGUCAUGAGCGUCGCCUUCGCUCCUUCAGGCAAUUUCGUCGCGUGCGGCGGUAUGGACAACAUGUGCACGGUGUAUGACGUGAACAACCGUGACGCGACGGGCGCCGCCAAGAUGGUGCGUGAGCUGGCCGGCUACGAGGGUUUCCUUAGCUCCUGCCGCUUCCUCGACGACACGCACAUCCUCACCGGCUCCGGAGAUAUGAAGAUAUGCGUUUGGGACCUGGAAGCAGGCAAGAGGGAGAUGGACUUCAAUGCGCACGCCGGUGACGUCGUCAGUAUCUCCUUAGGACCAGACAUGAAGACAUACGUCACGGGAUCUGUGGACCGCACCUGCAAGCUGUGGGACGUCAGGGACGAAAAGGCGAAGCAAACUUUCUUCGGACACGAUGCGGACGUCAACAGCGUUUGCUACCAUCCGAGCGGGCAAGCGUUCGCGACCGCUUCUGAGGACAAGACAGCAAGACUAUUUGACCUCCGCAGUGACCAGCAGUUGGGGCACUACACUCCGCCUGGGAACAGCGGUUUUACUAGCUGUGCACUGUCUCUGAGCGGGAGAUAUCUGUUGGCGGGUUCUGAUGACAACGCUGUUCAUUCAUGGGAUACGUUAAAAGUUGUUCACACAGGUACACUCAACGCACAUGAGAACCGAGUGACAUCUAUCUCGGUGGCCCCCAACGGGAUAGCCAUGGCGAGCUGCUCGUGGGACCAGAGCGUACGGGUUUGGGGCUAGACAGCUCAGCAGUCACUUUUUAACAGUUGAUAACCAAUGUUUACAAUAAUAACACAAGAAUUAAGUUAUAUUUAACUUAAUUUCUGCUU